AUGUCUCUCCUCGCUGCUCUGGUGCUAUCGUCUCUCGUCUCUAGUACCCUGGGAAGUACUUGCAAAUACAUCACGGCUAACGGCGGUGAUGGAUGCUACAAUCUUGCCCAGCGUUGUGGUAUAUCGCAGGAUAAACUCACGACGUACAACACAGGUGAUAACUUCUGCAACCACAUUCAGGAGGGAGAUUAUAUCUGUUGCUCUGCGGGAUCCUUGCCAGACUUUUCUCCCAAGAAGAACUCCGAUGGCUCCUGCCAUAGCUACACAGUUCAGCCGGAUGAAUUCUGCUCGAAUAUCGAAGAUGCCAAUAAGAUGAAGAGAGGCACAAUCGAAAAAUAUAACCAGAACACUUGGGGAUGGGCAGGAUGCACAGAGAUGCAGAAAGGUGCAAAUAUCUGUCUGAGUGAUGGUACCCCUCCCUUCCCAUCUUCAACGGACGAUGCGCUUUGCGGCCCACAGGUUAAAGGAACUGUGGAGCCUAAGGGCAUGCCAUACACCAACUGGACCAACUUAAAUCCAUGCCCUCUCAAUGCCUGCUGUGAUAAAUGGGGUCAAUGUGGUGUCACUGUUGAGUUCUGUGAACAGCCCAAUUCUACAACGGGAGCGCCUGGAACCUCCAAGAAGGGAACCAACGGAUGUAUUUCCAACUGUGGUACUCAGAUUGUCAAUAAUGACGAGGGUCCUAAGCAGGUUCGACGUAUUGCAUACUAUGAAAGUUUCGAAGAGGAUCGCGAGUGCUUGAAAAUGGACGUUUCAAAGCUUCAAGGCCUUGACUACUACACGCAUAUUCACUGGGCCUUUGCAAACAUUACCAAUUCUUAUGAGGUCGAUGUUAGCAACUAUAAAGAACAGUGGGACGGCUUCGUGGAACUUGACGGCUUCAAGCGCAUUGUCAGUUUUGGUGGUUGGGGAUUUUCUACCUCUGCACACACUUACUCAGUUCUUCGCAAUGGUGUCAAGGAUGGCAAUCGCCAGACUCUCGCCAAAAACAUCGUCGAUUUCGUCGUUAAAAAUGGCCUCGAAGGUGUCGACUUUGACUGGGAAUACCCUGGCGCUCAGGAUAUCCCUGAUAUUGACCCUGAUAGCAAAGAUUCAGGAGCUAAUUACCUUGAGUUUCUCAAACUUGUCCGUGCUCAGCUGCCGGGAAGUAAGACUCUCUCUAUUGCCGCUCCUGCGUCUUACUGGUACUUGAGAAACUUCCCUAUCAAGGAAAUUUCUGAAGUUGUUGACUAUAUUGUCUACAUGACAUAUGACCUUCAUGGCCAGUGGGAUUACGACAGCAAAAAUGCCGAUACUUCGAAAGCUCUGGAUGUCCAUCUGGUGGAUGUCUACGCAGCUGGUGUUCCAUCAAACAAGGUUGUGGGAGGCCUUCCCCUCUAUGGGCGUAGCUUCGAGAUGGUGGAUCCCAGCUGCAGUGGACCAAACUGUCAUUUCACCGGCCCCAAGUCAGGUGCCGAAGCAGGAGAGUGCACCAAAACCCCCGGUUAUCUCUCUAAUUAUGAAAUCUACAACAUUCUCACCCAGGCCGCAAACCCCGAAAUUUAUGGGAACGUCACCGUUGAGCAGUAUCAAUACCACGGUGAUGUCCUAAUCUACGAUGGGAAUUGGGUCUCAUGGCUAUCACGAAAAAGUUACCUCCAGUAUAGGGAUUGGUAUGACGGUUUAAACUUUGGUGGAACAUCUGACUGGGCUAUCGAUUUGAAUCAGACCUAUGCCGGGGGUGGCUCAGGCGACGAGGAAGAACCCGAGCCUUUUGGUGAUUAUCCGAGUUGCGACUUUUCUCAAUCUUUCAACACCCUCGAUGAGCUUCAUGCGGCCUCGGGAGGGAUGCGAUCAGACUGCGUCUCUGUCUUCACACUUCAGACUCUCGUCACAAUGCUCAAUGUGGCAUAUGAUAACUACACCGACAUCAACAACGGAUACGAUGAGCUUUUUGAUUACUAUGUCACAUACAUGGAGAAACUUGUCCCAACGAUUCUUGAGACAGAACUCAUGAUGACUGAUGAUGGAGGAUCGCAAGCUAAAUUAUCCAGUGUCAGUCCAAAGUUUGGAGAAGGAGCAUCAUACUUCAGUUGCAGUUUCGGCGGUAAUACAUAUGACGGAUGUACUGACUUUGGGCGGUCUACUCUAUUCCCGUCCAAUGAGGAUAUCGUAUGGAAACUCAUUGACAAGGAUGGAUGGGAGAAGAAACUACAAGACGAAGGCAUCUCAGACAGCUAUGUCGCGUACGGCCACUAUACUCGACAACAACAUACGGACCCUGCUGGUGGACGCGGUCGAAGUGAGUACGACUACUUUUUCGAAAACUUCCCAAUCAAGAAUGAUUCAAUGGUCGUGCCCAACCCGAAGGAUAUCAUGACCAAGGCUGUGCCCCACAUUCCAAGUCUUCGCGAUGACAUGCAAUCGACUGUCUAUGAUAUGAUGCUAGGUCAAUGGACCGGCGGCUCGCUCGACGAUCCUGCCCAAGUGUACAGCACUGCCGUGUUCAGUAUGAUGCAGGCAAUUGACUCAAUGGCAAAAGCUAAGAAGCUGGGUGAGGAAGAGAAAGAAGCUGAGGAGAAGGAAGCGGAAGAGAAGAAGAAGAACUUUAUCUUGAUGAUUAUUAGCGUUGUGCUUGUGGUGGUUCCUUUCGUGGGUGAGGAAGUUGCUUCCCUUGCUGGAUUGGCCACACUUGCACGCAGUAUCGCCGUCGCAGGCGAGGCUGCCAACGCUGGCUUUGCCAUCUACGACACUGUCAAGAACCCUGAAUCCGCUCUCAUGAACGUAAUCGGCUCUGUUCUUGGAGUCGGCUCAAUUGUAAAGGCUGAACGCAGCGGCAAAGGACUUGCGGGUGUGGCUAAGACUCGAGCUGGAAUGAAGGCAUCUGAAAUUGCCAGCAUGGGAGACAUCUUCAAAGCAAACGACGACACAUUGCAGACUCUGAUGAAGGUUUGCAGACUGAGCUAA